CACCAUAAUCUUAGGCACCAACCUAAACACUCAAACACCCUCUCAUUUCUCUACCACCAUGGUCUUAGCCAGUCAAGAAAAUUUGGUCUAUGGCAUUAAGCUUUCAUCGGUCGGGCCAGCCAGGGUUACCGGUUCGGACGUGGUUCAUAACCCGAGUGGCAUGGACUUGGCUAUGAAGCUUCACUACCUUAGAGGAGUCUACUUCUUUGAUAGCCAGGCGGCCCAAGGCAUGACCACUAACCGCAUAAAGGAAGCUAUGUUCACAUGGUUAUGUGUCAGCUACCGGACAUGCGGCCGGUUUCGGAGAUCCGAAUCCGGCCGGCCCUAUCUGAAGUGUAACGAUUGCGGUGUGAGGUAUCUUGAAGCGCAGUGUGAUAAAACCCUCGAUGAAUGGCUAGGGUUGGACUGCUCUCUUCAGAAGCUGCUUGCUUCUAACCAAAUCAUUGGCCCUGAACUAUUCUUCUCUCCAGUUGUUCUCUUCCAGGUUACUUAUUUCAAAUGUGGAGGAAUAUCACUAGGCCUCAGCUGGUCUCAUGUCCUCGGAGAUGCAUUUGCAGCAUCAGAUUUCAUCAACGGCUUAGGGCAAGUCAUGUCUGGUCUGGAGAUCAGCAAGCUACCAAAUUAUGCAAAUCCGAACACAAAUGUUCAACAAAAACUUGCAAAAAAUCCAUCACCACCACCACUCUCCAUCAGACACGUGGACUCGGUUGGUGACUAUUGGAUAAGUCCCAAUAAUUGCAAGAUGGAAACAUUCUCGUUCCCUGUAACUGCCACGCAGCUAAACAACUUGCAAGUCAAGAUAUUAGGUCCAAUUCAAAGUGACCAAAUUCCAAUUUUUGAACUUAUUUGUGCCCUAAUUUGGAAAUGCAUAGCCACAGUUAGAGAAGGGCCACAACCAAAAUUGGUGACAAUUUGCAAAAAUGAUACAAAUAGGAGAACAGAAGGUGAAUGCAGCAACAGUCAGACUAUAAGCACAGUUGAGGCAGAUUUUAGGGUUUCGGAUAUGGAUCCAAAAGAACUAGCAAACUUGCUAGCCAAGCAAGCCGGCCAGAACGAGAAAACACGAAUCGAAGAGGCCAUAGAGAAUGAGAAUGGAGUAGCUGAUUUUGUUGUGUAUGGAGCCAACUUGACGUUUGUGAACUGGGAAGAUGUUGAUUUUUAUGGGUUGGAAGUGAAGGGACAUAAGCCGGUUUGUGCAUUAUAACAUACAAGGUGUUGGUGAUGAAGGAGCUGUUUUGUUGCUGCCUGCUGGGGCUAAAGAGUUUGGUGAUGGAGGAAGAGUGGUGAGUGUUAUUCUGCCAGAGAAAGAAGUGUUUGGGGUCAAAUCUGAGUUGAGGAAAAAUGAUCUGCUGUUUGGUAAUGAGCUUGAAUGAGUUAGGGCAUGGGUGGUAGUUAGGGUUUGGCAUGGGCGGUAGUUAGGGUUUGGUGUGCAAAUGAUUGAACUCUAGGGCUUGCCAUAUGUUUGAGGGUUUGAAUCAGAGUAGGCAACUGCUUAAAAAGUUGAGAAAAUAUGUAAGAAUAAUAAUUGAGCUCGAGGGGUGGCAUUGUGUUUUCAUCUCGCUUACAUUGUACGUGUGUUUUUAUUUUUUAUUAAUAUAUUUUAAAAGUGAAAAAUAUCAACCA